UUACUUGUUAAGGGCGAAAAAGGAAAGACGGGAAAAAGUGGAAAUCAAGUUUUCAUCGUCAUUAAUUCGGAAAAAAAAAAGAGUGCAAAUUCAAUGGAUAUCACUUGCGGAACAUUGAGUAGUUUGGUUGACAAGUUCCGGGAUCUAGUGAUCGAUCUAACCUGGGAGCAGCUUCGUUAUCUGUUUCAGUAUCACAGAAACAUUGAGGAGCUCAAUGAACGACUUGAGGAACUCACCCUUGAAAGAAGCUCCAAACAACAGCAAAUAGAUAAUGCUAAAAAAAAUUUAGAACAAAUUGAAGAGAAAGUUGAGCAUUGGUUGGGCAAAGUAGAUGAGAUUUUAGAGCAAACACAAAUGUUUCAUGAAGAAGAGAGUCAAGCAAAAACAGAGUGUAGCGUAACUUCCUGUCCCAACCUGUGGCUACGUUAUAAACUAAGCAAAAGAGCAAAGGCAAUGGCACAACAAGUUGUUGAAAUCUAUGGAAAGGGAAACUUUGAUAGAUUUUCAUAUCCUAUUCCUCCCGCAUCGAUGCCAGAGGUACUCAUCAGAGAAAGCAAUGAAGGGAUUGGUUCAAGAACGCAAAUUGUGAAUCAAAUUAUGGAGCACUUACAUAAUCCUAGUGUUAGUAUUGUUGGAUUGUCUGGGCUUGGUGGUGUUGGCAAGACCACUAUAGCUAAAGAGGUAGCAAAGAAGGCGAAGAAUCAAACCAUGUUUGAAAAGGUGAUCAUGGCAACUGUUUCUGAAGAAUUGAACAUUGAGAAGAUUCAAGGCGAGAUUGCAGAGAACCUGGCUUUCCAACUCAAUGAAAAAUCUGAAGGAGUAAGAGCUCGUCGUCUGUGUGAGAGGUUGAAGCUAGAGAAGAAUAUGCUCCUAAUAUUGGAUGAUCUUUGGGAGGAACUUGAUUUGGGCAAAGUUGGAAUUCCCUUUGUUGAUGUUGGAAGUUAUAGCAAAAAGAAUGAAGGCUGCAAAAUUUUACUAACUUCAAGGAAUAAGAUGCUGUUGUUAAACCGCAUGAAAUGUCAAGAAAUUAUCGAAGUGGAUGUUUUGUCAGAGGAUGAAGCAUUAGAGUUGUUCAAGAGGACUUCUGAACUUCCUAUUGACUCAAGCACUCCUGACAACUUGAUAUCUAUAGCCUCUCAGAUUGUUCGAAAGUGUCAUGGCUUGACAUUAGCGAUUGCAACAGCUGCCAAGGCAUUAAGGGGAAAAAAUCUAGGUGAGUGGCAAGAAUUCUACAAACGAUUGAAUCAUCCUUUAAGGAGAAACAUCACAGGAAUUAAAGAGGUGGAUGCGAUAUUGAAGUCGAGUUAUGAUUGUCUAAGCUCAGAGAAAAAACGUAUGUUCUUGCUCUCCGCCAUGCUGUCCCAUGAUCCCUCAAUUGAGGACCUGCUCAUGUACUCUAUGGGGUUAGAUAUUCUUGACGGCAUAGAAAACAUAGAAGAUGCCCACAGUGGAGUCUCUACUACCGUAGGUGAUCUAAAAUCAUUAAACUUAUUUCUUGAUAGCUUUUCUAGUCACCGCUUUACAAUACAUGACGUCUUUCGAGAUGUUGUAUUAUCGAUCACACCCAAUGAAUUAAAUGCAUUCAUUGUGAGGCAUAGAAGCUUGAAAGAAUGGCCAGACCAAAAAAAGCUCGAAGACUACAAGGGAAUUUGCUUACAGAAGAGUGACAUCAGUGACCUUCCAGAAGAGCUGCAUGGUUCAAGAUUAGAAUUCUUUCUGCUAGACAGCACCGAACGUGAUUUGGCCAUACCUAAGAUGUUUUUCAAAUCAUCAAAGGAGCUGAAAGUGUUGGCAUUUACCAAUGUAAAUUUUUCAUCACUACCAUCGCUCAUGUUCCUGCAAAAACUAAAAACAUUGUGUCUCCACUCUUGUUUGCUAGAAGACAUAAUUGAGGUUAGAAGCUUGAAGAAGUUAAAAGUCCUAAGUCUUGCUUACUCUGAAAUUCAACAACUACCUAUUGAAUUGGCAGAUUUAACUUCUUUAGAAAUGUUGAAUUUAGCCCACUGCUCCAAGCUCAAAGUGAUUCCACCAAAACUGCUAUCUAGCUUCAAAAAAUUGGGGGUUUUGCUUAUGGCAAAUAGCUUUCACCAGUGGAAAGUUGAAGGAUCUACCGAAGCUAAUGAAAACGCGAGUCUUGACGAGUUGAAGGGCUUGCCAAUCUGUUCUCUAGAUAUUCAUAUUCCUAAUGUCUCGAUGUUGCCGGAGAAUUUGUUCUUAGAUAUGAAUUUGAUGAGAUACAAAAUACUCAUUGGGAAGCACUGGAAACGGUGGACGGUCAGCUAUAAAACUUCAAACGUAUUGAAACUUGAGCUUGAGAGUGAUAUCUAUUUGAAGCCUGGGGUUCGAAAGUUGAUGAAAGGAGCUGAAGAUUUGUGUUUAUAUGGAUCUAAUGGGCUUGAAAAUGUUCUACAUGGUCAUGAUGGAAGAUCAUUUCUGCAUUUAAGGCAUCUUCAGAUUGAAAGUAACGAUACUAUUGAGUCCAUUGUUUGGAACUCAGCACAUCAUGAAGCAGCAACAAAUAACAUAUCCAAUAAAAUGUCUGAGUCGCUUUUGAACAAGGUGUUGCUUCCAAAAUUAGAGAUAUUGCGAUUAUCUAAUUCAAUCGGUUUGAUUCCAUUGAUAUGGGAGGACCAACUUUCACACAACUCAUUUAGGAACUUGAAAACAUUGUUUGUGAAAAGUUGUGGCUUUGUGAAAUUGGUGCCCCUUCGUGUGCUGAAAUCUUUAAACAACUUGGAAGAACUAGAAGUUAGGGACUGUGACACGUUGGAGUUGAAUGUGUGGAGCAAUCACUAUAAAGGAGACGUCUCCUUCCCAAGUCUAAGGAGCGUGCAUGUUUCCUAUUGUGAAAGCCUCACUAGUCUGUUUCCUGCAUCUAUAGCCAAAGGCAUGCUUCGUGAUCUUGAAGAGCUUCGAAUAAGUGAUUGUGGUAUAGAGGUGAUUGUUGCAAAAGAUCAAGUUUCAGAAUCUGUUGCUCCUCUGUUAGAGUUUCCCAG